AUGGAUGACGAUUUAGAAGCCCUAGUUGAAAAACCAUCCAUUGAUGAUUCUGAUGAAUGUUUAAACGUACGUAUAUAUUUAAUACAGGUUUUAUUUAUAUUUCUUGUUUGUUUUGUUAUUUUUGUAUUUUUCUUUAUAUUAUUUUUUCUAGGAGUAUUCUAA